CGAAUAUAAGAUUGGAUUGUUUGCUAUCCAGUCCUAGUCCGAUCCCGAUCCGGUUUCGGAUAAAACCAAACAGUCCGGACCGAGCCCUAAUUACGUCACGUCUUGCACUUUUGCUUCACCAUGAGUACAUCGACAUCGCUCUCUUAGCCGAGUAUUGCUCCAGUGGUUCAGAGUCCCACAUAACCACCGAACCACAUCAUUUUGCUUACCCGGCCCGCACUAAGCGCAGGUUCAUUUUCAACCUUCAAAAGUGUGUUUUAACUUUCAUUUAGGGGUGAACAAAUACACCCCGUAAACCGACCCACCCAUCCAACCCGACCCAACCCACCCGUAUUUAUCGGUAAAACGAAGGUGUUGGGUUGGGUGAGGGUUUUUUUUUUUACAACCCGCCUCUAUUGGGUUGGGUUUGGAUUUUGGAUUACACAACCCGUAGAACGCGACCCAACCCGUGUUCCAACUAUUGGUAGGAGUUCGUAUCUAAAAAAUAUUUAUGUCAUAUAUAGCCAUAUUUAUGCGAAAAUUAAGAUAUUUCGCCAUGUUUUUCUUUCAUGGUCUCCCUAAUCUAAUGCAUUUUUUCGGCUUAAAGUUUAGACAUAAAUUUAAUAUAGCUAUGAUUCACGUAAUCCUUUUUCUUGUGUACAAUUUUAAUAGAAUAACAUAUUACCGGUGCAUUCGUUUAUAACCUUUUUAGCCUAUUUCAAUAAAUAUCGUGAAAAAACUAGAUAUAUGUUGAAGUAAAUCACAUUUUAUUAAAACUGAAACAACAUUUGUGAAAUUUGAUACAUUUCACCUCGGUUGUAUUCGUUUGAAAUUUAGUUAUUUAUAAAAAAAAAUAUGAUGUAGAAUAAUUAUAUAUUUUGUGUUGGGUUGGAUUUUUACUUAAAAUAUAGUCAACCCGACCCAACCCAAAUUAAGAACAAACCGUAGGGUUUAAAUUUAUUUGGGUGGGUUUGGGUUUAAUAUUUCUCCAACCGUAGUGCAUGGGUCUGAUUAUUAAAAUGGUUAAACCCAAACCACCCGACCCAUGUACAUCCCUACUUUCAUUACAUGAAAUUUUGUGUUUUCUAACUACACUUUUAAAUUGGAUAACAAUUGUAUUUUGGUGCUUAAAGUUCACAUGAUUUAAGUGACCUCCUCUAUAACACAUAAAUUUAAGUUUUAUAAGAUAAUUUCGAACUUGGAUAGUUUUAAAAGAUUUAUGCACGUGAAAUUAUGCACGCGACAAAGUAUGUGAAUGUGUCGUUCCUCCGCGAACAAAGUUGUUUGAGAGUGCUUUCAGCCACUAGUUUCUCAUCUCAACCAACAUCAUUGGCAUGCCUGAAAUCCCGCCAUUCUUCCUCCAUUUUCCCCUCAUCAAUUCCUCAAAACUCAACCUCCUUAAAUCCCCAACACAAACAAUCGAUCAAUCAGAUUUGAAAAGCCAAAGGGAAGACACAAAGAAAAGAAAUAAAAAAAGUUUCUUUUUUCCUCUAGUUUGGAACAAGAAGAAUUAAAAAUCAAAAGAAGAGGAAAUAAAAUUAAUUACUCUAACAACAAUCUAAUCCAGAGUAAUAAGAAAAUGGCUGACGACGAAGCACAGGAGCAGGCGGACAGGGAGCGCAUCUUCAAGCGCUUCGACCUGAACGGCGACGGGAAGAUAUCGGCGACGGAGCUUGGGGACUGCCUGAAGACGCUGGGGUCGGUGACGCCCGACGAGGUGAAGCGGAUGAUGGACGAGAUCGACACCGACGGCGACGGCUACAUUUCUUACCAGGAGUUCACCGAUUUCGCCUUGGCCAAUCGCGGCCUAAUCAAAGACGUCGCCAAGAUCUUCUAAAGAAAUUUCAUUUUCGUUUUCGUUUUUUUUUUCACCCUAAAUUUUUUGGAUUACUCGUUUCGAUUUCCGUCCACAUUCCUUUCAUUUUUGUCUUCUCGCGUUUGAAUGUUGACCCUAGUAGUAAAUUUCUGCAACUCCAUUUUUCGAUUAAGGAUUUGAGGCUGCUGGGUGCAGAUUCUUGAUUGUGACAGUACGCUGUAUUUUUUUUCCCCAUUGGUUUAAAGUUUAAACUGCCUCUUCAGUUUAUUAGAGGAAAUGUUUGUUUGGUUUGUCCGAGACGCCGCUUAAUUCAGCCACACCCCAAUGAGGACAUGAAGAAGGCAAAAUUCAAACGUUACAAAGAGAUAAAAAAAAAAAAAAACCACUUAAUCAGUCCUCUCAUCUGUGUUGCCUCUUUUUGAUACUUACACGAACAAUACAAAACAAAGGGGAUAAUAAUACAAUAAAUUUAUACUUUUAGUCCAAAUUGACUGUCAAACUAUGUGUCAGGCCAAUUGAGUCUAUAUGUUGUAUAGUUGAGGUCAGGAUGUUAAUUUCUGAAACCAAGGGCAAAAGUUGAUUAUAUGGUCAUAAUUGAGGUCAAAAUAAGGUAUUAACCCCACUUUUAAAUUAUUAAGACAAAUAUGGUCCGACCCUAGGAGCGAUCGUUACCCGUGUCAGCAAUUAGUGACGCGAGAGAGGUUGGUUACGACGUAAAUGUUUGAAAGUCCAUACGGAUUAUUUUUUAAUUUACAAAAAAAAAAUUGUUUGGCUUUAUAAACUAUCUCCUUAAAUUACAAACACAUUGUGAAAAAAUAUUGAUAUAUAAAGGUUUUGGUCGUUGGAAUUACUAUACAUUAAGUGGUACUUCUAUAAAUAAUUCGAACUUUAGGGGUAUUCAUAUGGGACCUUGGUUAUGAGCUUACUAUUCAUUAAGCAAUAUUUCGAAAAAUUGUUGGACAACUCUCCCAAACAUUUUUGUGAAUUUUAAUUUUACUUUUGCAAUAAUGUCUUAUAAAUUAUAUUUUUUUUU